AAGAUGACAUCGGGGCUUAGAGGGGAGUGAGAAGCACCUUGGAUUAAGUUAAAGGAACUGGGUUCUAAUAUUGGUUCUGCUACUUACUGCACUUGAGACCUUGAACAAGUUACUCAGCCUCUCUGACCCUCUGUUUCAUUAUCUUGACAAAACCCCUGCUUCAUUUUGUGCUCCAAAGCCAGAUUUCCUGUUAUUCUGCAGCAAUACUUCCCACUCCUGCCUUUUAUGAUGAUGCUUCUAGAGCUGAAAGUGAUCUUAAAGAUGCAACACCCUCUUUUAUGUAUGGGGAAACUGAAGCCCCAGAGAAGUCAUAUUCCCUUAGCUCAAGGUCACACAGGCAGGAAGUAGCAGAUCUGGGAUUCAAUCUGAGGGUCCUUCCCAGCAGCAGAACAAGUCUCUUGACUCUCAGACCAGUGUUCUUCCUUCUCUCUCCCACUCCUUCCUCCAUGAACCCCCAAAUCCGCAUCCUUGUCUCCCUGCCUUCAUCCUCCUUCCCUUGGCUCUCCUGACACCAUCAUCCUUCCUUUUCCAAGACUGCUGUGUCCCCAGGCCUUUGUCCAUCUUCCUAAGUUAGCUCUGCUCCUUCGAAGUCAUCCUCUUCCAGAUCCCAAGUCUUCUUUCCUCUGCACCCCUGACUCAUUUUCCUCCCUAAGCUGUGCUCUGAGCCCUGAAUGUCAAUGGCCUCCAUUUCCCUAACCUUGCUCAGCAAAUCUUCCUCUCACUUUCGCAUCAAUCUCUUCCCCUUCCCUAGGCUCUCUCUGUAUCCCUGACUUAUCUUCCAGUUCCCUAACCCAGCUCUCCAUCCCUGAUGUCAAACUCUUCCCUUUCCCCAGGUGUUCAUGACACCAUCUGCUUCCCUUCCCUAACCUCACUUUGAUGCUACCCUCUGUACCCUGGACGUGAAUCCCAGGUCACUGCCUGACAUCAAUCUGUCCUGGUUCCCUAGGCUCACUCUGUGCUUCUGAAGUCAGUCUCUUCUAAUCUCUCAACGUCUCCUUUAGCCUUGACACCAUUAGACUCUGAGUUCCAUAGAUUUGUUCUGUGCCCAUGAUGUCAUGCUCUUCCUUGCCUUAAUUUUACUCUGAGCCCCUGUUGUCAUCCCUUUCCAAUUCCCUGGAUUUGCUUUAUGCCCCUCUCCUUCCUUAGGUCUUGUCUCUGACAUCAAUCUCUGCCAGUUCUCUAACUUUGGUCUGCGCCGGUGACCACGCUAGACUUUAUUCUGCACCUCUGACGUCAUCUCCUUUCAAUUACUCAGACUUGCUCUCUGCUCCUGACAGUCUCCACAAGGGAAAAUUUCAGGCAGGGCUGGGGUGGGGGAUUCUAAGCUCCUGCGUUUUCUUCUAUUCUUUAUCCUGAGCCCCCGCUGUCAUCCUUUCCAGUUCCCUAAGCGACAUUAAUCUUUCUCCAUUCCUGGGGUAGGGGUGUGUGUGUGUGUGUGUAAGGGGAGUGGGUGAAGUGGGGUGGUUCUAAGCCCCUGACGUCAUCUUUCAGUUUUUAUUCUGAGCACCCGACGUCGUCCCUUCCAAUUCCCCAGAUCUGUGUCCCUAACAUUAUUCUUCCUCUCUUUCCCCGGGCGGGGUACGGUGAGUGGGGGAGGGGAGGGCUCUGAGCCCCCGACAUCAUCCCCUUCCAGUUCGCUAACCUCGCUAGGCUUCGUGGACGUCAAUCUCCGCCCCUUCCCUAGACUUGCUUGGCACCCCAGAUCCCAAACUCCUCCCUAGAGUACCCUCCCUCUGCGCCCCCCACUGCGGCCUCCCGGCGUCCUCAGACUGGGCUCACUUCUCCGGAAGUGAGGUCUGAACCCGAGGCUCCGGUCCAUGGCGUCAAUCCCCGCCCCUUCCUCGGGCUGGCUUAGCCCCGCCCCCCUUUCGCCUCUCCCGACUUGCUCCGCCUCUCUCCCUUUCCCCAGCCAGCCUCUUCUCGUGAUGCCCCGCGCUCGGCCAAGGCCGUUGCCCCGGCGACGCGCGUUUCCGGCGUGAUGGCCGGUCUGUGGCCUGAGAUGGGAUGGUGGUGUCUCCUGAUGCUGCUGCUGGUCUUCCUGGGCCCGGGGGCAGCGCAGAGUCUCGACUCCGAACUCCGACCUCGGGCCCACACCGAGUCCACUCAAGGCCCCGAUCCCGGGCCCACCCCGCGCUUCGGGGACCAUCGGCCCGUGACCGAGGUCCGCGGACCCGCUGGGGCCACUUCUCCUCAGUCGCCCCUGACUCUGGCCCCGAGGUUCGCAGAGGAGGAGGUGCAGCCUGCUCUGAGGCCCAGCCCGGUCACGGACGAAGUGACAGGAAGUUAUGCUUUCAGAAGAUAGCCGUAUAUGAAAUGAAUUUUACAGCGCAUCCCCCUGAAAGACUAUUUUACUUAGCAGACCAAACAAAUCCAUCUCUUUUCUGCCUCUAUACUCUCAACUACAAAGCUGAAUUAUCCUUUAUUACUCCUGAAUUCCCCAAUGAGAAUAAUUUUGAUAAUUUCUUAAAAAAGUCUGGUAAUUAUGCCAACACUAAAGAAUCAAACAUUUAUCAUCCAACCAUAUUGAAUACUCCAACUGCUACUAAAUACAAGUACAGAGUUCCUGUGCAGACUUCUGAUUCAUUUCUGAAGCUUCCAUGUCCUUUACUCGCUUCUCAAUGCUCAGAUAACAAUCCUGUAGGCUUUCUGAUGAACGAGGUCUUUCGAUGUAACAGAAGAGUAACUCUGGAGCAGUGUGGCGAAGACAGAGCCCUCAGCAUGGGUCAGUACAUUCAGCCCAAGAUUUUGGCCGAACCUAAUUCAAGUAAAGAGAUUCCUGUCACUGUCCGGGCUGUAUUUCUGCAAUCUCUAAAUAAAACAGUGACUCAGAAUACCCAGAGUGAUGCUCUUUUGCAUCCCACUUUUGUCAAUAUCAAUGGUCUGAAAGCCUGCACUAAUGUUGUUCUUAAGUUAAAGUACAGCAUCACAUACACAGAGGCAGGUGAAAUCACAAAGGCUGAUAUCCAUUUCCUUCUUGGGACAGUCAGCAGCUCAAUGCUUCCACUCCAACAGCAAUUUCAGGUUCAAUUUCUUCAGCAAAAUAUUAAGUCAUUCCCUCUCAGUGGAAAUCCAGGUUAUGUUCCGGGACUACCAUUAAUAGCUGGAUUUGAGAUAGAAUCUCAGAUUGUUCAGAGUACUAAUAGAUAUGGACAGUUUACCAUUUUUCACAGCACAGCUGAGCAGAACUGUUUAUUAGCAGAAGGACUUAGAAAACCAGUAGUUUUUGGUUAUAAUAUGGUGACUGGAUGCAAAAUAAGAUUGACUAAAACUACCAAUUGCCAACUAGUUGGGAGAAGACUAAAAAGAUUACUGAUGGGGGAGAGCUUCCCAGACUAUGUCUCUUCUUUUGGAAAUUCUCCUGCCCAGAAUUUGCAGGACUGGGUGCCUGUCCGUUUUUCCAUGUUUACAGCAAAAGGACAGGAGCCAUGUUUGAUUCCACUGGUCUAUGAUAUAAGAGUGAAGUGGACUAAGUAUGGUUCCUUAGUGAAUCCACAAGCCAAAAUAGUCAGUGUUGCUGUGCAAAUGAUUUCAUCUGCUUUUUCCAAGACUGAGUUAGAACAUGGAAGGACAGUACAGGUUUCUACCGUGGUUAGUUUUACUGAUGUGUCUGCACCAGCAGAAGCCGGUUACAAGGCUCAGCCCACCAUUGAUGCCAAGCUGCCCUCCAAUUUCUUCUUUCCAUUUGCAUGAUAAUGUCCACAACUAGGGAAUCCAGUGCUGAAAUAUAUGUGAAACUAUACAUUUGGCAAAACUAAAUUUCAUACAAACCCAUCCAGUUCUAGUAUUCAUUUUCAAACAAGUUUUUAGACUUUGGAAGAUGAGAAAAGGUAGCUUAUGAAGCAUUUGUUGUCAAGGGAACUCUCUUCAUAUCAAGAUAAAAAGACAGCUCUUAGGAGGAACUAUGUAACAUCUGGACAUAAUCAGACCUGAUGAGAACAAGUAAAAUGAAGGUUCC